GAAUGUAUAGAGGUAGAACGUGCUCGAAAGCUUAUAUACGAUACGUGCCGUGGGUACAAGAUUAAACAUGUCGAUAGUCUAGAGGACAAGAUCGUGUAUACGGGUGGUACUACACAUGAUGAGUUUGCAAGAGAAAUCACCGGACGUACCAUCACAGGUUGCGAGCGCAAAGGAAAGACCUUCUGGUUGACUCUGUCUGGAAAGGGAAGAUUCCCAGUGAUGCAUUUCGGAAUGACCGGAAUGAUUCAACAGCUUAAAGGACAAGAACCCAAUUGGUAUCGUCGUAGACGUAAAGAAUCCCCGACUACUUGGCCCCCAAGAUUUUACAAAUUCGUAUUGGACUUAGAGCCUCAAGCAGGAUCAGUAUCCGAUGAACCUCGAGAACUGGCUUUCAUCGAUGGUGCAAGAUUAGGUAGAUUGAGACUGAUCCCUCAUCCCGUAAUCCAUCAUCCGCCUGUAUCUCUUUUAGGGUUCGAUCCGGUGUUGUCUAUGCCAUCAUUGGAAGAGUUCCAAAAGUUGUUAUUGAAGAAAAAAGGGACUGUAAAAGGUGUCAUAAUGGAUCAAGCGUUUAGUGCCGGAGUGGGAAAUUGGGUAGCAGACGAGAUCCUGUAUCAAGCUCAUAUUCACCCCUCCUGUCCCAUCCCUCAUCUCUCAGAGAAAGACGUUGAAAAUCUGCACCAAUGGAUCCGAAAAGUCCCCCUCAUGGCCGUAGAGGUCAAUGCGGAUUCUCUACAAUUUCCAGACAAUUGGCUCUUCCGAUGGAGAUGGGGUAAGGGCAAAAAGGUCAAAGUUGCCAAAGGAAGGAAAGUCAAGGAAGAGAGUGUUGAAGGUGGUCAACCACCAGGAACGGAAGAUGUCAAACCGAAAGAUGUAGAGUUUUUAGCUUUGCCAAAUGGUAAGCCAGCAACGAUAGAGUUCAUUGAGGUAGGUGGUCGUACCACUGCUUUAGUCAAAGAACUCCAAAAGAUGCCAGACGGGGUAGAUAUCAAACCUAAGAUCAGUAAGGGUAAACGCAAG